AGACCCCACCCACCUCUCUGCGGAAAACUCAUCCCCAUCCCUCUCUGCCUCAGUUUCCCUCUAGGAAAAAGGAUGCGCUUAAGGAACCUGUGGUCGGGUCUGAAACAGUGUGCGCUAGUGGGCGGGGGGAGUUGGCCUGCUUUCCUGGGCCUCGGACCCCCUCCCCUCCUCCCCAGCACCUCCUGGCCAGAGCGACACUGGAUGCUGGAGUGAGAGGGUCUCGGGGUCUGGGAAGGAGAACUGAGACCCCAUAAAGGCGAGAGACUCCAUCCAUCUUCUGGCCCUUGCGCCUGUCAUCGCUCACCUCCUGGCCGCAGCCUUCCUCCCCCAAACCCAGGAGCCCCCUCCUCUUCCUGGAGCUCCUCCCGCUUCCUGCCUAAGGACUGCUCCCCGGCGGUUCCUAUGGCAACCUAGGUCCAGGGUCCUCAGCAUCCUCUCCCUCCCUUCCCCAGACCGCCGGUCCGCCUCCCGGCAACCCUAAAAGGAGAGGGAGGGGCCAGGUCGACGAGCGCGGGGGCAGCGUCAAGGUCACCUUCCUGCUCCGACGCCAGUGGGAUCAGGGACCCAGGAUGCCGAGCUGUGACCGUCCCUGCAGCUGCAGCCGAGGCCCUAAUGUGGAAGAUGGCAAAUGGUAUGGGGUCCGCUCCUAUCUACACCUCUUCUACGAGGACUGUGCAGGUACCACCCUCAGCGAGGACCCUGAGGGGCCUCCCGUACUGUGCCCUCAUCAGUCUUGGCCCACACUGUGCUGGAAGAUCAGCUUGUCCUCUGGUGCCCUGCUUCUGCUGCUGGGUAUGGCGGCCCUGAUCACUGGCUACGCAGUGCCCCCCAAGUUGGAGGGCAUCGGAGAGGGCGAGUUCCUGGUGUUGGAUCAGCGAGCGGCCGACUACAACCAGGCCCUGGUCACCUGCCGCCUGGCGGGCACAGUGCUCUGCGGGGCAGCUGGGACCCUGCUGGCCAUCUGCCUGAUCUGGGCCAUGACUGGUUGGCUGGGCCAGGACACGAAGGCGGAACCCUUGGAUACUGAAGCAGACGGCCACGUGGAGGUCUUCGGGGAUGAGCUGGAGCAGCAGUUGUCCCCCAUCUUCCAUGAUGCCAGUGGCCAGUCUUGGUUCUCGCCACCCACCAGCCACUUUGGGCAGUCCUCUGUGCAGACCAUCCAGCCCAAGCGGGACUUUUGAGCUGCCCAUGAAGCCAGAGGAGGAGCCAGACCUGGGGUCUAGAGGCUUCCUCCUCCCCACCACAACCCACGUUCCCACCACAUCCCUAACUUAUCCCUUUCAGUGGGUCCCCUUCCAUUGAAGCCCUUAGAAGACCCAACCCCAAGUCAGAAAGUCUGGACCUCACAUCUCUGUGUCCCUUCCCAGGGGUGGGGCCCUAACUCAUCCAAGAUGCCAGCCUUCCCUGAGUCCCCACAAAACUGCCUACCCAUCCCUCCUCUACAAGACCAUUCAGAAACAGAAAACACCUCCCUCACCCUGUCCACACUCUUUCCUCUAUAUGACCUUGGACAAGUCCCUUAACCUUUCAGACCAUCAGUUCCUGCCUCUGUACUAUGAGCGAUGUGGACCAGAUUCUAGAGUUCCAUGACUUUCUUUUUCUCCCCAGGAUAUAAGUAUUACCUGCCAUAGACAAAGAUGGGGGAGGGGUAGUAGGGUCCUUCUUACCCACUGACCCCUCCCUCUGUCGGCUGCACCAGGAUGCCUUGGAUGAGUCAAAGAUGCUCACUAGGACCAAGAUAGUGUGAAAGUAUUGACCACCCUACAGUAUGCUUUCUGUGCAUUUUGCUGUCAGAGCCCCUGAGUCCACCCCAUCCUGAACUAGUCCCAGUUUACAGAUAAGGUGGUUGAGAGAGGCUGGCAGUCCACCUGCCUGAGUUUGCAGGAACUUGGACCCACGUCUCUAGACUCCUGGGACAGAUCUUGUUGUAUGGUUAGAGCACGAUGCCACACCUUCCUGGCCAUCAGGGGACCCCCCUCAGGGGUGGCACAGGUUUGGCCUAAAGAGACUUGUUCAAUCACUCAGUCGUGUCCAACUCUGCAACUCCAGGGACUGCAGCAUGCCAGGCUUCCCUGCCCUUCACCAUCUCCCAGAGCUUGCUCAAACUCAUGUCCAUUGAGUCAGUGAUGCCAUCCAGCCAUCUCAUCCUCUGUUGUCCCCUUCUCCUCCUGCCUUCAAUUUUUCCCAACAUCAGGGUCUAGUCUCCCAGAGAGACUGGCUGAUGCCUAAUGGUCCAGAUGGCUCAGAAGAUACUUUGGAUAUGCAUUUAAAUAGUCUCUAAGAGCCAGAAGACAGGAGAACUGGAAUGUCUUUGCCCCUCAGAGCCCACCCACCUAGAAACCAUCAGCCACAGGUCCUGACCUCACACUGCAACAAAUGUGCCUUCUGAAGGCACUGGUCCAUCUCCACAGCCACAUGCAGCGUCUCUGUUCCCAACCACUAGGGGGAGCUCCAAGACAGCUGGAGAAAGGCCCAAGGCCCAUGCCUCUACCAUCCCCCCUCAGUCUCACCGGAGUCGGGGUAUGGGAGGGUAGGGGGCUUUGGGGCAGGCCAUCCUGGGAGGGUCCUCAGUCCUCCUCCAGCAGGCAGGCUCUACUGCCUCUCCCCAUCUUUCACCCUCCUGCCCCUCCCCCUGCCUUUCAAUAAACAGCUGACAUGGA